GGGGGGGGAAUAAUCUUGAAUAUUGAAGAAUCAAGGUUGGAAUAGAGGGGCUUACACUGUGAUGUCAUAGAGAUGUGUGGGUGGCCUGGAGUGACCAUGGGGCAUUUCUGCUCACUCCAGCUUCUGCAUGCUUUAACAAGUCUUGUAAAGGUUAGCCUGACUUUCUCUCAGUUUAUGACAGGUGAGCACAGUUGCCAUAUGUAAAAGGGAGAAGAAGCUUGAUCCACCAGUUGGGCAAUUAAAAAAGCAAAGCUUAGGAACCAACAAAGCAGAUAAAUAGUAAGUUGAUUAGAAAUAACUAUACAAUAAAGUCAAAGUUGUGUGUCUUCAAGUCAUUUUUUACUUAUGGCGACCCUAUCACAGGGUUUUAUGGGACUGAGAGUGUGUGAUUCCCCCACAAUCAUCCAGUGGGUUUCCAUGGCUGAGUGGGAAAUUGAGCCCUGAUCUCCAGAGUCAUAGUCCAGUGCUUAAACCAGUACAGCACACACAUAGGCCUAAAAUGCUUGUAACAAUAAAACCUGAACAGCCAAAUUUAAUAACGCAAUAUUAAAACAUACAAAAUGUUAAAAGCUUGAAAGGGACACCAACAAUGAUAACAGUUAACCAGUUAACUUAGGGUCAAAACAUGUCUGGCUUUGUAAAUAAUAAUGUGGAGGAAGAGAGGAUUAUCUUUUAGAGAUUAGUAUUGUUAACGAAAAAAGUAUAUCAUCAUUGGUAUUCCUUUUAAACUUUUAACAUUUUGUAAGUUUUCAUUACUUUUCUAUUAAAAUUCUUUGUUCAGGUGUUACUGUUAAAUCAUAUGUUAAGCUUUGUCAGUUCUAAGUGUCUUCCUGGAUGCCUCCAACUGCCUCUUCAGAAUGUCCUCUCAAACUGGAUCCCAGCGGCUGUACAUACGAUACCAAACCUUCCCAACAUGCUGGACUACAACUACCCUCAGCUGCAGCCAAUAUGGUUGACAGACCUCAGUCAUACACAUCUGGAGGGUCCUAGGCAGAUGAGGCAGAAGCAGGCAUAGCUCGGUAGAAUAUCCUUCGAAUGCAGAAGAUUCUAGUUUCAACCCAGCCUUUUCUGUCAAAGGCUGCUGCCACACUGCAGAAUUCAUACACUGCUUUGACUGCCAUGGCUCCAUCCCAUGGAAUCCUGGGAUUUGUACUGCAUUGUGGCACCAGAGCUCUUUGCCAGAGAAGCUGAACAUUCCACAAAAGUUCAAAUCACAGAAUUCCAUAGCACUGAAGUUUACUACACACAGCUUUUGAACAGCAAUUAGAACCAAAAAAGUAGCUUUGGCAAUACGUAUGGCAUGCUGCCACUACCUCCAAUCUGUAGCUGCUGCAUUCCCCAAGCACAGUUAGGGCAUCCCUUUUCAGAUGGGAAACCCAUCAAUGAGGGUCCAGGUGCGUAAUGUAUUGCCGGGACAGUUGCAAUAUUGGCAGUUGCGUGGUGUCAGUGUCUCCUCUCCCCCAUACCCCCUCACUAAUUCCAAAUGGCCUAAUUGCCACUUUUUAAAAAACAUAUUGCGGUAGCAGAGCUCCACAAUUGUCUGUGGGGGGGGAUUAAAAAACAGAACAAAAGGCAUGCUGGGUAGGACAUAGGACAAGGAGGUGAGGUUAAGAGGGAGUCAGAAAGAGGACACUAUGGCAGCAACUGCUCCAGUUGCGUGAUUGUGAAGACAUGCAAUAAUGGCUGCUCUGAACCUGUUCUGUUUCCAUUUUCUUAAAAACUGAUGCAAUUACUGCAAGAACAGGGCUUCUGUGGUAAUGUCCACUCAGCUAUGGCAGUUUAAAUGGUGUCUAACCGCAUUGAUUCUGCAGUGUAGAUGCAAUAAAAAGCACAGCGCUGAGUAAGAAAGAAAUCACUUCUGCAGGAUACAUGAGCAAUUGGCAGUCAUGGCAGAGAAAAUGGACCUUAAGUUUAACCAACAGCUUAUAUAUCUUGUCUUAUUGUCCAAAGGUCUGUGUGUCUAUCUCCCAGUUUGAAAAACUAACUUUUGGGGACCACUACUUCCAGGAUGCCAGCUGGGGGAUAUGAGGAGUUUGAGUUGCAAGAAGUGAUUUACUCAAGUUGUGGUCUGUGCCAUGGUUAUGGCCCUAACCCUACCUGCUUUAAUUGCUGUGGUUUCCAGUGGGGAAAAAUAUGGAACACAGUCUCUUUGGAAUAGAUGGAGCAUCAACACAAUUGCAGAAUGAAGAGAUUCCAGUCUUUUACUGAUCCAGGUUAAAACCAGUUGAAAAUCACUUAUGCACUAUACUAUGUAACUGCCAUCCUCCAUCAUUCCACUCCACUCAGAACGUGUUGGACUUCAAAUCCUAUUACUUACUGCCACUAUGAGCCCAUUCGUUUGGGAUGAUGGGAGUUUCAGUCCAACACAUCUGGAGUAAGUUUGCAGGUCCAAGGGAGGCUAUUUGGUGAGGUGAAGCAAUGAACUGUUUUCACAGCAGUAGCAACUGUAGUGGAAACAGUUGGACUUAUCAGGUUUGGAUAAUGUUAAAAUUACCCAGCUUUCGUCCUCCAUACCUACCCUGCAGUGCAGCCUGCAUCAAGGAACCCUUUGUCAUUUUUUCACCCGUGCAAAGGAAUAUGGAACAGGGGUUCAUGAAUCCCUGAAAUGGGAGAAAGGUGAGAUAUAAGUAAAUAAAAUAAUAACAAUGACCAUUAAUUGAUGGGGUAUGGGGAAAAGAAUGCCUAUGUUGUGGCUGGGGAAUUCUGAGAAUUGUAGUUCAACAAAGCAAUGCUUCCAAGCUCAGGAUGUCUGUAAAGCAUUGUUAAAGCUAACCUGCAAGAAAAACUCACUUUCAUUUGAAGAUGAAAUUCCUGGCAAAUUCUUCAAAAAUGAAAGUAAAAUAAAAGUAUUUUGUAUUUGUAUUCAUAACAGGGUUGGGGAAAUCUGUGGUUCUGCAGAUAUCUCUGAAAUGCACCUCAUCUCACCCCUCACCACUGGCGAGACUGGGGCUGAUGGAAAGUGGAAUCCAGUAACAGUUGGAGGAGGGAAAGAGCACAGAUUCUUCACGUCUGCACCUGCAGAAAGUGUGGGGGAUGCUAGCGAAACAGCGGACUCUUCGCCCAGUCGGCCGCUUUGGUUUGAUUAUCCUGACUCGGACAAAAAGAAGAUCCUGGCCAUUUACCAGUACAUUGGAGAACAACCGGAUUUUGUUGCCCCAAGUAACUUUCCCCGCCUGCUGCGCUAUAUCCUAAUAGGAUCUGUCAUCCUCAUCUUGCUUUUCUUCCUCUAUCAGAUCAUCUCAAAACUGCUCGCAAAGAGGUCAAUCAGUUAAAGGCUAAAGUAUGGGGAAGUCAAAUGUCGCUCCAGCCAACCACUUUCUGCUUCUUCCCAAUAUCAUUUUACUUUAAUAAAAGACUCUCAG